UGUUGUUUUGUUGUAUUGAGUCCGGAGAUACAGAAACAUGAUGUGGAAGAUUAUGUUGCCGGUUAUUGCGGCGGUUUUGUCCGUCGGGUCAGCAGCUUUGGUAGGGGGAUGGAGAGACAUCAGUAACGAUGACGAAGGGAUGCGAUCCGCUCUCAACUCCGCCGUCGUCGAACACAACAGGCGCUCCAACGACAUGUACCUCAGCCAAGUGUCUGAAGUGGUCAAGGCUCAGAGCCAGGUGGUUUCUGGCAUCAGGUACCGCAUCACUGUGAGAAUGGGAAAGACCCCUUGCAGAAAGGGGAGCGUAAGUGAAGUGUGCGCUGUCCACCAAGACCCAGAACAGGCUCAGGUUCACUUGUGCACAUUUACCAUGUGGAGCCAACCAUGGCUGAGUAGGAUGGAGCUGGUGAAGCAGGAGUGCUAGAAAGAUAACUACGCAGGAAAUCUUCAGUGUUGGCACUGUUUGCAGAAUAACCUUCAUACAGAGCAAUAUGUAUUUUCCCUCUGGAAGAGUAUUCCCAUUUAUAUUUGCUGCCCAUGCAACUUCAUUGUAUUCUACUAGACUGUAUACCUUAUGAAACUCGCAAUGUUUCACAGUAACCAAUAGGGUAUAGCAAUGUAAAGGUUCAUUAACUUUUAGAGGAGCAACUUUAUAAUGCAUUAUUGCUAAACCAAGCAAAGUAUUACAAGCCACAUGCUGUUUUAAAAUGAAAUUAAAGUACAAAAUGAGCUUAAUUAAA